AUGGGCAGCGCGAGCGGGAGUGUGUUUGCUCUCUUCUGCUCUUUAGUUUGUUUGAUCAGCAGCUUCUGCUCGGCUGGAGAAAGCUAUCCAAAUCCACUGACAGAUUGUGAUGAUUAUGGAGAUUAUAUUCAGGGCUCGGCUCUGUUAAGCACUCUGUGUGGAGCGCAGUGGAGGAAUCAGGAGCAGGAGCAGAUCCAGCAUGUCUUCAAGAGGUUUCUCUUUCACUAUUCUAAAGCACACAACUCCGUCGGCUCCGUCGAGAGAGAGUCUCACUCGGUUCAUCCGCUCAUGCGUCUCUCGCCGAAGCUCUCUCUGCGCAGGAAGAAGCAGCAGGUGCGUGGAAGCGUGCUCUCUCUGUUCCUCUUAUUGAUCAGAAGAUGUGAAAGCUGGAGAUGA